CCAGCUCCAGCUGUAGCCAGCGCCGCCUGCACUGUCCUGGCGGUUCCCCUCCGUCCCCGGCGCGCAUAUCUCCUCUCGGGCAACUUUAAGGCGGACUGGGAGGCUCGGGGGUGUUGUCGACCCACUCUCCGGCCGCAGGAUGGAUUCCAGUGCCCCUCCCGAGAGCCCCUCUGGGCCACAGCCUCCACCACCACCACAGCCCCAGGCCUGCUCACAGCUCAGUGCCACUGCCUCAGUGGAGCAGAAGAGCGGGGUGUCCCGAGCUCCUGGACCCCAAGUUGGACCUGCACCAGAUGUGGGAGACACAGCUGCCUCAGCCAUGCCCCGGGCCCAGCGUGCCAGGAGCCAAGAAAGAGUGGCUGGCAUGGGGCCUGAGAAGAGGGGCAGAGAAACCCCCUUUGAAGAAAUCCUGGAGAAGGCCAAGGCUGGGGACCCCAAGGCGCAGACGGAGGUGGGGAAGCACUACCUGCAGCUAGCCAGCAGUGUGGACGAAGAACUCAAUAACUGCACUGCCGUGGACUGGCUGAUCCUCGCCGCCAAGCAGGGCCGGCACGAGCCCGUCAAGCUGCUUCGCCGGUGCCUGGCGGACAGAAAAGGCAUCACCUUGGAGAACCAGCAGGAGGUGAGGCAGCUCUCGUCCGAGACCGACCUGGAGCGCGCCGUGCGGAAGGCGGCCCUGGUCAUGUACUGGAAGCUCAACCCCAAGAAGAAGCAGCAGGUGGCCGUGUCAGAGCUGCUGGAGAACGUGGGCCAGGUCAACGAACACGAUGGAGGAGCACAGCCAGGCCCCGUCCCCAGGUCCCUGCAGAAGCAGAGGCGGGUGCUGGAGCGCCUCGUCAGCAGCGAGUCCAAGAGCUACGUAGCGCUGGAUGACUUCGUGGAGAUCACCAAGAAGUAUGCCAGAGGCAUCAUCCCCACCAACCUGUUCCUGCAGGAUGACGAUGACGACGAGCUGGCGGGCAGGAGCCCCGAGGACCUGCCCCUGCGCCUGAAGGUGGUCAAGUACCCCUUGCACGCCAUCACCGAAAUCAAGGAGUACCUGAUUGACAUGGCCUCCCGGGCGGGCAUGCACUGGCUGUCCACCAUCGUCCCCACCCACCACAUCAACGCCCUCAUCUUCUUCUUCAUCAUCAGCAACCUGACCAUCGACUUCUUCGCCUUCGUCGUGCCGCUCGUCGUCUUCUACCUGUCCUUCGUCUCCAUGGUCAUCUGCACCCUCAAGGUCUUCCAGGACGGCAAGGCCUGGGAGAGCUUCCGGAGCCUCACCAGCCUGCUGCUGCGCUUCCAGCCCGAGCUGGAUGUGGAGCAGGCCGAGGUGAACUUUGGCUGGAACCACCUGGAGCCCUACGUCCACUUCCUGCUCUCCGUCUUCUUUGUCAUCUUCUCCUUCCCCAUCGCCAGCAAGGACUGCAUCCCCUGCUCGGAGCUGGCCCUCGUGUCCGUCUUCUUCACUGUCACCAGCUACAUGAGCCUGAACACCUGUGCUGAGCCCUACACCAGGAGGGCCCUGGUGACCGAGGCAGCCGCCGGCCUGCUGUCCCUCCUGCCCACUGUGCCCUUCAACUGGCCCUACCUGAAGCUCCUGGGCCACACCUUCUUCACCGUGCCCAUCGGCCACUUCGUCGUCUUGAACGUCAGCAUCCCCUGCCUGCUCUACAUCUACCUGCUCUACCUCUUCUUCCGCAUGGCCCAGCUGAGGAACUUCAAGGGCACCUACUGCUACCUGGUCCCCUACCUGGUGUGCUUCAUGUGGUGUGAGCUCUCUACGGUCAUCCUGCUCGAGUCCACCAGCCUCGGGCUGGUCCGUGCAACCGUUGGCUAUUUCCUCUUCCUCUUCGCCCUCCCCGUCCUGGUGGCUGGCCUGGCACUGAUGGGCGUGGUGCAGUUUGCCCACUGGUUCCUGUCCCUGGAGCUCACCAAGAUCGCAGUCACCAUGGUGCUCUGCAGCAUCCCCCUGCUAUUCCGCUGGUGGACCAAGGCCAACUUCUCUGUGGUGGAGAUGGUCAAGUCCCUGACGCGGAGCUCCAUUGUCAAGCUCAUCCUGGUGUGGAUCACGGCCAUCGUACUUUUCUGCUGGUUCUAUGUGUACCGGUCAGAGGGCAUGAAGGUCUACAAUUCCACGCUGACCUGGCAGCAGUAUGGCUUCCUGUGUGGGCCCCGGGCCUGGAAGGAGACCAACAUGGCACGCACCCAGAUCCUGUGCAGCCACCUGGAGGGCCACAGGGUCACGUGGAUGGGCCGCUUCAAGUACGUACGGGUGACAGAGAUCGACAACAGCGCCGAGUCGGCCAUCAACAUGCUCCCGUUCUUCAUUGGCGACUGGAUGCGCUGCCUGUACGGCGAGGCCUACCCCUCCUGCAGCCCCGGCAACACGUCCACAGCGGAGGAGGAGCUCUGCCGCCUCAAGCUGCUGGCCAAGCACCCCUGCCACAUCAAGAAGUUCGACCGGUACAAGUUCGAGAUCACAGUGGGCAUGCCGUACAGAGGCACCAACGGCUCCCGCAGCCCGGAGGAGGAUGACAUCACCAAGGACAUCGUGCUGCGGGCCAGCAGCGAGUUCAAGGAUGUGCUGCUCAACCUACGCCAGGGUAGCCUCAUCGAGUUCAGCACCAUCCUCGAGGGCCGCCUGGGCAGCAAGUGGCCCGUCUUCGAGCUCAAGGCCAUCAGCUGCCUCAACUGCAUGGCCCAGCUCUCGCCUGCCAGGCGGCACGUGAAGGUCGAAAACGACUGGCGCAGCACCGUGCAUGAUGCCGUCAAGUUCGCCUUCAAUUUCUUCUUUUUCCCCUUCCUGUCUGCGGUAUGAGGACAUGCCCUGGCCUGAGGAGGUGUCCAUGCAUGUUGCUGUCGGGGCCUUUCCCCACCCUGUGUGGCCACCCAGCCGUACGGCACAACACUAAACGCCAGGUGUGUGCGUGUGCGUGUAUGUAUGUGCGUGUGCUCUCACAUGUGCAGACACAGGCCUUUGGAGACCUUUGUUGUGUGUGGUCCACUCACACCCCCUGGCCUGGCUGCUUCAGCUCAGUCCCCUCUGGAUACCAGGUGUCCCUGGAAAUUGCAUGCAGUCUCAACCCACGACCCUGGCCUUUCAGUGAAGCUGGUGUGCCAGGCUAGACUAGGAUCCCUGUGUUCUCAAGAGCACUUUACAGAGGAAACUCUUUCUCUCCACCCACUAUCCAAGCACUCCUGGGCCCCUUAUUUACUUUUGUGUUAGAUUUGUUUUUCAAAGAGCCAAAUGUGCUGCUGUGUAAACUCAACAAGAGCAAUUCUUAUUUAUUGGGCGGCUGCUAAGCCAUGACAGCUGCUUGCCGAUCCUGGGCCGAGCAGAUCCUGGGCUGUGCAGAACAGCCUGCCCGGUCACAUGGUCAAGGCCCCGCCCGAGCCCAGGGUGGAGGAGGGCACAGUGGUGGCUCUGGGCCGAGUGUCCCCGCUGAGCCUUGGGCCCCGCAGCUUGCCUGUGUAGUGGGCUGUGGGUGAGUGCGUAAGGGUCUCGCCGGACUCCGCUGGGACUACGAAACGGAACCUGCAGCAUCCAUUCCCAGUGCUCAGAAAUGCCUGGCCGUGUUCAGUGCUGGAGAGUAGCCAGUCAGGGUACUGAGGCAGCCGAAAUAAAGACCUUUGAUGAAAUAAA